AUAAUUAAACGGGCGAACGAGAGAGAGAGAGAGAGAGAGCAGCAAUGCGCCAAAGUAGUUGCUCUCUGUCCCACAGUUGGGCACUAAUGAUCGCCUGUUUGCUGUUGUGGGGCACAACGACGUCGCAAGCACGUUCCGUUGCGAAAAGAGAAACCACCAAUGGGCGCUUGGAUUUGGAUGCCUUCACAGCUGACCCUGACAUUGUUACGCUGAGCAGUGAAAGCGUCAAUGGAACGACAAGCCCUCAGCCCGAAGAGUUCACAAAGCUGCAGACGAAUAAUGAAGGAACAACAGCGAAACAAAUGCAAGUGAAUGAGGAGACUAGUGAGUCACCAAGUGUGACUACGCAGCUGGAGCUGCAGCUGGAGCACAAGAGUUCCACUGAAAGUGUGCAAGAGAAGGUGAAGCCAAAUAUAAGCACUGAAGCUGUUGCAGCAACAGCAACAACGCAGCUACCGAAGCUAAUGCCCAGCACUACGGAUGUGCCAGCUACAAGCUCCAGCAGCACACGCGCUGAGGAUUCCGCUCGAGCUAUGCACUUUGCCACAAGCACUGAACGCGGCUAUGCCUUUGUGCCCAUAACGCCCAUGAAGCUGCGCCCGCUGCCCAUGACAUCGACAACAAGCACUGAAACUCCUGCAACUAGUGAAGUGGCGCCACAGCUGCUUGCCGCCUUGCUGCAUGCUGCAGUUACAGUUACUCCAAGCACUACAGCUGCCUCACAAGAGAAUAUCAUAGAGCUGGGCCAGCUGCAGCCGCUGGACGAGAAGCGCACCAAAUACAUAAGCGACAAUGCAACAAAUGAGCAACAAUUGUCGCUGCCCAAUGUAGCCGAAGUUUGGAGUCUGGCAGCCAUGAAAAUGGUGCCCACAACAACAACAAGCAGCACAACAACAACAACAACUAGCAGCACUGAGGCUGGCAAUGAUAUUGAGCCGCAGCUGCAACAAAAUCAAACGCAGCAGCAUAAGGAAAAGAAUCUGCUGGACUGGCAGCAGAUUAUGUUAAUGCAAACUGGGCAUGAAAAUCAAACAGAGCUGGCCUUGAGCACCACAUUGGAUGCUACGGAGGCGGCAACACAAGCGACAACAUUGCAGCUGGCGCCAAGCACAACAACAACAACUGCAGCAACAACAACAACAACAGCAGCUGCAAUUGAAAGUGUAACAGCUGCAAGUACAACAGAGCUAACAGUUACUGUUCAGCCGCUGUUAACAGCGCGCACAGCAGCUGCAAACGUAACAGCAGCGCCUGAGCCACUGUUAACAGAGCAAACUGCAAGCGUAACAGCAGCAACAGCUGUUAAGCUGCAAUUAACAGAGCAAGCGCAAGAGACUACAGAGCCCACAAUAACAGCAACUGCAACAGCUGUUAGCGAGACUGAGUUAGCAACAACAACAACUACCAAGCCAAGUGCGUUGAACGCCACCCCCAAUAUACACGAAAUGGCAAUGAAAGCAACCACUCAAGAGAGUAAUGAAAAUAGCGAUAAAGCUAACGAUGUUGACGGCGACGACGUCAUGAACGUCUCUGUCUCAGUCGCAGACACAGCCAAGCCGACAACAGCGCAGCCAAUAGCAGUUAGUACGCGAACAGCUGGCGAAGUGAGCACAACAACGGCAACGACGCAGACAACGCCAACGCCUACGCCAACGUCGUCGUCGUCGUCAACAUUGCACGUAAAGGUUGAUGAACAAUUAGCAACAACAAUAGCAACAAUAAUAAUAGCAACAACAACAACAGAAAAAGCAAUAGAGGCAACGCCAACGCCAACGGAAAUUGUGCAAAUUAGCAAUGAAGUGAAUUUAGAAACAAUUACAGUUAGAAGUGCUACAAACGAUAAUAUAAAUAAAAGCAAUGAGAACAAGCAAAGUGAGCAAGCGCAAGCAAGUGUCGUCAACAAUUUAUUAAUAACAGAGCAUACAAAUAACAGCGCAGCUAACAGCGCUGAAAUCAAUAAUAAUAUUAUUGCUACAACGCCAGCAACAACAGCAACAACAACAACAACAACUACUACGUCUGAUUUAAUUACAUUAAAGGACAAGCUUUUAAAUGAGCAGGAGUCCACAUUGGAAGGCAACAACUUGAGCGAAACAACAACAAGCACAACUCCAGCUACAACAACAACAGCAGCAGCAACAACAGAAGCAACAGUUGCUGCUGCAACAGCUGUCAUUGGCAAUGCGCUGGAUGAGAGCAGCACAGCAAAAACUACAACAACAACAACGCAAGCAACAACAGCUGCAAGUGUAACGGAAACUAACGAUGAGAACGAUGAUGAACUUAAAGAUAAUGAAGACUCAAAGCAGAUGGUUACAACCGAUGAGCAAUUGUUAGCCAAAGUGAACAUGGAUAGCACUACGACAACAGCAGCAACAACAACAACAACAAGCAGUACCUCAACAACAACAACUACGCCUGCAACAACAACGACAGCAGCAACAAGUAGUAGCAGCAGCAGCAGCACAACGCUGCCUACAACAACAACAAAGGCUGCAACAACUACAAAAACCACAACAACAACCACUGAGCCUGAGCCUAUUUACAGCUCCAGCGAGAGCAGCAACACAACUAUGCUGCCAACUACAACGCCAACCACAACAACAACAACAUUAGCAACAACUUUAGCGACAACAACAAGUAGCAUACCAAUCAUGAUUAAUGCACAUGAAACUCCCACCUAUAUAUUGGAUAACAAUCAAAUGCCACAUGGCGCACGCACUGGCGGCACCGACGUCAAUGUCAUCAUAGCAAUCACUGUAAGUGUCAUCGGCGUUGUUGCUUUAGUGCUGCUGGUUGCAUUUCUCUAUUUGAUGCGCAAGCGCCAAAAGCAAAUGUCCUAUGGUCAACGCUGUCGUCCUGUUAGCCUCGAUGCAUAUUCGCUGGACAAUGUCUCAGUGCUGGGCAGCGUGCGACGCAAGGGACGCGAUCUGCGCGCCUCGAAGCGCACCUAUGGAAAUGCAGCCUUUGAUGAUCCAGCGCUGCGGCACAAUCUGCUCACUGCCAGCGAAUUGUGCAAGUUCAUAGGGCAGCGCUCCAGCAUUUUUGAGGAGUUCCGCGAUGUGCCGCAGAUUAUAGCGCGUGCGGAUGAAGUGCCCGCCGGAUGUGAGGAUAAAAAUCGCUACGCCAACGUAAUUCCACUUCCUGAGACGCGUGUAGUGCUGCAACGUCAAGGCGAUGAUGACAAAACGGAAUAUAUUAAUGCCAAUUAUGUGCGGGGACCGAAAGAUGCGCCCAACUAUUACAUCGCCUGCCAAGCGCCGUUGGAGAGCACAGUGGGUGAUUUUUGGCGCAUGAUUUGGGAGCAACAAUCGCGUGUAAUUAUACAAGCAACGGAUCUGAACGAGAACGGCAUUGAGCGCUGUGCAGAGUAUUUGCCGCCAUCGGUAACGCUGGAUAAUCACAGCAGCUAUGGCGACUAUCAGGUCACGCUGAAGCAUCGUGAGGUGAAGGACAAGUAUGCCAUCUCAACGCUGAUGCUGAAGCGUGCGGAUGGCGAUGAGUGCCGUGAGCUGACGCACUAUUGGUACAAGUGGCCGGAGGCGGGUGUGCCGCUGGAGGAGGCGCCCAUCAUUGCCAUGCUGCUGGAGGCACGCUCGUCGCUCAAGUCUUACGCCUUGGAGCAGGCCAAUGAACUGAAAGAAAAGUCUUCAACAUUAACACUUAAGUCGCUCGAAGCGCCCGCCAAUGGGCAGACAACAAAGCCAGCGGAGGAGGUCAGCACCUCGAGCGCUGCUAGUAAUGAGAUUAACGGCAAUGUGGCCAACAAAAGCGCACGGAGUCAGCAAGGACCGCUAACCAUUCACUGUUCCCCAGGUACGGGACGUACCGGCACCAUUAUUGCCUGUGACAUGGCCAUACGCAACCUGGAGACACCCAAGCGAUCGGUGGACAUACCACAGCUUGUGUAUUUUGUGCGUCGUGGGCGCGCCAGUGCAGUGCAGACCAAGGAGCAAUACGAAUUUAUCUACAAGGUGGCCAAUAUGUACGCGACCAAAAUCACAAAUCUGUCAAAUGAUAAUUGAGACUCUAGCCAGUCAUAACAUUUAAUCAAGUCCUUAUAUACGUGCUGUAUUCAUAAAUAUUAUAGUCAUAUAGUCAUA